CAACAAUAUCUAUAGUUCGCAGUAAACAACUAAAGCAUUCACACAGAGGACGUAACUGUGAGUUUAUGGAAUAUGGCGAAGUCUAAAUUAGAAAGAAAACGAGACCACCAAGAAAGUCUACUGAAAGGAUUAUUGCAGCUUUAUCAAGACCGGACACUUACUGACGUCAUGCUUAUUGUAGAUAAUCGAACAUUUCCAUGCAACAGAAAUGUGUUGGCAGCUAGCAGUCCUUACUUUCGGGCUAUGUUUACGAGUAACGUACAAGAGACAACACAAGAAAAUAUUGCAUUGUACGAUGUCACCGCUGAAGCAGUGGAGUGUAUUUUGAACUUUAUGUACUCUGGUGUUAUUGACAUAGGUCCGGACAAUGCGCAGGACAUUUUCAUGGCUUCAAAUAUGUUUGAGUUAUUGGAUGUUGUUGAUUGUUGUGUGGAGUACAUGAAUGGACAACUUCACUGUUCUAAUUGCGUGGGAAUGUAUAGUUUUGCCCUCUAUCAUCAUUGUAAAAAGCUACAGGAUGCUUGCAAAAAUUUUAUUCUGCAACAUUUUACUGAAAUAUCAACUACUGACCAUUUUCUUGAAAUUGACUCAAAAUCCUUUGAGGAAAUUUUACAAUCAGACGAUAUUUACGUAAAAACGGAGGAUUUUAUUUUUACAGUAAUAUGCAACUGGGUGAAAUUUGAUAUAGGCUCUAGAAAAUCUAUUUUUCCAAGGUUAUUUCAUUUGGUGAGGCUUCCUCUUAUUACCGAACAAUUUUUGAAUGAUAGCAUUAUAAACAACGAAUUAGUCAAAGGAAAUCCUUUCUGUCUUAGUAUUAUUGAUGAAUUUCUACAUUCAGCUUACAAUACUUCAUCAACGUCACAAAUACAAAAUGAGCUUAUUGGUACACAUAUAACUACAAAAAGAUCGGGAAUGUUGUGUAGAGAUUUAAUUGUGUUUUCUGGAGGCUCAAACGGAGAGCAUGAGCGGUCCUGUACAGCAUAUGACCCGGAAACAGGAAAGAAUUACUUCGGUCUUAAGCAUCAUCCAACGUUUGAUUUGAAAUAUAGAAUUGACUAUUUCAAAAUCGUAACUGUGCAAGAAAACGACGUAUACUUCAUAGGUGGUAUUUUUCAUGACAACUACAGAUUUUCCGAAUCAGGCGAAGCAAUGCGAAAUGUAUAUAAAUAUGACCAAAGAUUGUCAGUAUGGACAGCGUGCGACAAUUUGGUAACAGCAAGAUGUGCAUUCUCCGCAUGCUGCCAUGAAAACUGUUUAUUUGUUUCUGGUGGGAAAACAGUUUAUCCAACUGGGAGUCCUCUAGAUUCUUUUGAAAUGUACGAUGUUGAUAUAGGCUAUUGGAAAUUACUUCAGCCAAUGCCACUUAAGCUUUACCAUCACGCUUCUACAGUUGCUGAUGGCGGUGUUUACAUCUUCGGUGGAAAAGACGUAUUAGAUGAAAUGUCUGAUAUGGUUAUGCGAUACGAUAUAAAAACUGAGACAUGGUAUAUUAUUGACACUAAGUUGGUAAACCCAAGAUACGAGCAUUCUGCUAUUACAAUAAAUAACGAGAUCUAUCUGGUAGGUGGCGUCACCAGAAGCUCGUAUGCAGUUGUCAUUCAGAUAUUCGAUGUCAACACAAAUCGAUGGCGACACGGCACUGAUUUUCCGGAUGAAAGAAAGGUAACGGCCGUUACUUCAAUUGGCAACAAAAUAUAUGUGUGUGGUGGAAUACGUCAGUUUAUUCGAAGAAAUAAACCUACAAGAACAGUAGAAAGCAAAGAUUUGUAUUCAUAUAACGUGAAAACAGACGCGUGGUGGAAAGAAUCUCGAAUGGUGCAAUUUGCAAAUUCAGUUACCUGUACUUAUGCAAAUAUCAACACAAGUUUCCUUACUGAAAGCGACUUUGUGAGCAUUGGUAGUGAUUCGUAAGAAAUAUUGAAUAAAGAAACAUGGUGUGAGAUAUUUACAAUAAACAUCACGCUUACGAAAAUACAAAUUAUUGUUUAUAACAUAUAACAUUAUUUUGAAUAUGUCGAAAUAUAUCAGUUAUGAAAUAAAAUUGAUUA